UCAGAGCGGCUGAGCUCGGACUGCGGUGCCGGAUCUCUGGCCUUCGCGGCUCUCGAGCCUCCGACUUCCGGUGGUCCCGUGAGGUCGCGGUUUGCUCCGUUUCCAGGUGGGCUUGAGGAGGGCUCAGUGGGGCCGCCGCCGCCGCUACCGUGAGUGGUCAUGGAGAAGCUGCGGCGGGUGCUGAGCGGCCAGGACGACGAAGAACAAGGGCUGACCUCACAGGUCCUGGAUGCCUCAACACUUUCUUGGAACACUAGGUUGAAGUGGUUUGCCAUAUGUUUCAUAUGUGGCAUUUUAUGUUCUGUUAUUGGAACAGCAUUGCUAUGGCUUCCAGGAGGGGUAAAACUUUUUGCAGUUUUCUAUACUUUUGGAAAUAUCGCUGCAUUAGCCAGUACUUGCUUUUUAAUGGGACCUGUGAAGCAACUGAAAAAAAUGUUUGAAUCAACAAGGUUGUUUGCUACAGUUAUUAUGUUGAUUUGUUUGGUAUUAACUCUGUGUGCUGCUCUUUGGUGGCAUAAAAAAGGAUUGGCUCUGCUGUUCUGCAUAUUGCAGUUUUUGGCAAUGAGUUGGUAUAGUUUAUCAUAUAUCCCAUAUGCAAGGGAUGCAGUGAAGAAAUGCUGUACUUCUCUGAUAAAUUAAAAUAAAGACAUUUUUUGAAGGGUAAAUUUUUAUAUUGAUGUCCAGUUUUCUUGAGGAAACAUAUUUCUUCAAAAUUAAUUUUUACUCCAAAAAUGUGUUGCAAUAAUUUUAACAUUUUUGUAUACUGAGUAAAAACCUUUUAUGUUUAGUUAAACUGUUAAAUUUAUUUUUCUGUCAUAAAUUCACAAUGUGACAUUAUUGUGGUUUUCCAAAGAACAAGAAAUUUGAAUCAUAGUUUAGGUUAUUUUAUAAAUCACUUACAGAGCUUCUUUUAAACUGCUUUAAAAUUUGUACUUGUUUGGAGAGAGGUUAUUGUGAAUCUGCAGUAAAGUAUAUGUAAUUUUCUGGGCCUUUAUAAUUUUUCUAAGACAUCAUUGUUUUUACUUGAAAUGUGAAAUAGUUUUUCUUUAGAUUGAGUUGCAUAUUAUGUAAAGCAAACAAAUUAAUAUAUAAAUCAUUAUAAUUUUAAAA